AUGGAUCCGAUGGUUCGCUCGAGAAGAGGAGCUGCGGGGCAAGGCGAGCCAGUGGCUACGGGUGCUUUCAGCGAUCAGCUGGAGCAAGAAUAUUCAGCAGCUUUGAGUCAAGCAGACUCGGGGAUUGUUCCCCGUGGUUCGAGUUAUGUUGAUCAGGGAGCGUGUCCACCUGGACUGCGGAGUGCGGUAGCUCCGGGGGAAGCAUCGCCCGGUACCUUGGAACAGGGUGGAGUUGUGGGUGGUGCAGCCGGCGCGUCUACUUCGUUUGUAGGUGGUAUCCCGUCUCUCCCUACUGCCAGUCCAUUUCAUAGUGCACGAGUUCAAGAGGAGGUGGCGCUUCAGCGGAAGCGGCCCUCUGGAUUAGACCAAGAGCAAGCGAGAGUGGGAUCCGGGAACCUGGAUAUGGAAGGGGGCCUAGAGCCCAACUAUUCGGCCGCUUUUGAUACUGCUGAAGGGUUUGGCCCACGAGUUGCGAGAGUGGAAGCUGUUGGACCUCGGGAAGCCGCUACUCUGGAAGGUUCCGUUGUGGGACCGGGAAGAGAAGGAGUUUCUACUGGGAUGCCAAUGUUAGAGGAAAAGCGUGACUCUGCAGCGGGGUUGCAACCGGGUGUGGCAGUUGAGGGGCUGGACCCUCCGGAUGAUGAUGCGCCGGAGCUAUUGCCAGAUAACGAUAGAACUGCGAGACUUGAACAGGUUGUGGCACAACUCAUUGAUGAGAACCGUUCGUUGAAAAGACGGGUUGAGCAAGCCGAACUGAGAUCGCAUUCUAGCUGGCACAGCGGUACUCCUGGCGAAGUGUUGGCCUCGCCGAUGUCGUUUGCGAUGGAUGGCGGACCUAGGGUAGGAGAAAAUGUACAGACAUGGUCUGAACUGGGCCGUUUCAUAGGUGUGCCUCCGGGUGGCCUCGAAGGGGCUGUGCCGGCCAAUUUCCCAGGUCUGAGAAAUGAUGUUGCUACAUUCGGGAGCGUAGGAUCGGUUCCGGGUUCGAGGGAGCAGCAAGCUCUCAGGAAUGCUGGGCUUCCCACGGUCGCCUCGGUGGCAUCAGGGCAAAGGGCUAUGGGGUUAGAGUUGGUUCCGGUUAUUGGGGAAAGUUCGAUUGAGAAGGGUCCUUCGGAAUUAUGGCAGUCUUCCGGGGUACCGAGCGCCCCACCUCUUCCUCUACCGGGUAUGGGGUAUGAGGCUUCGUCUAACUUUGCAGCUAGAGGGACUCAGUCUAUGAGGCAGUUUACUACCCAGGCAACAGCCGAGGCUUCAGGGAUGUCUGGGGGUUUCCAUACGCCUAGAUCGUCUGCAGGGGGUCAUAUGGGUUUCGACGCUCAGGGGUAUCCUAUUUCUCCAGGAGGAACUGUUAUUCGGCCGCCGCCGCUCCCGCCGCCCAGGGUGGAACCUUUCCUUCAAGGGGCAGGGUUUGGGGGGCAGGGGGUAGGCAUCGGAGGGGUCGGACAAAGGGUUGUUGGGGAUGUAGUGAGACCUGAGGAACCCGCCAAGUAUAUAAAUGAAUUGCCUAAGUUGAAUCAAACUGAACUCUCCCAAUCUGCCGUAACCUGUGGUAACUGGCUGGCGCAAGUUAGGCAGGUGUUGGUAGGUCUAUCUCCGAGUGCGGAUGUCUGGUGGAAAGGGGUAGAAGGGCCGGCUACGAUGGCGUACCGUCGUUGGCUGGUUGCAGAUCCGUUGGGAAGAUUGGGGAUAGAUCCUUCUACGGUUAGGGGGGAGUUCGAUCCUCAGUUGUACGGUCGGGUAGAGUCGAGGGCUGUAAGUCUGCUCCUUGCUGCAGUGCCCCAGUCGGUAAGAGAUGAUGUGGUGACAAAUAGGUGGCUGUCUAGUGCCGCGAUUUUGUUUCGGAUCUUAUGCUUGUUUCAACCUGGAGGGUCGAGUGAGAGGUCUCAUUUGUUGUCGCAGCUAGUUAACCCCGAGCAGUGUAAGACGUUUGGUGACGCAAUCAAGGGGUUGAGGAAAUGGCAACAAGGGUUACAGCGAGCAGGGGAGAUACAGGCGACUUUACCUGAUGCUUCUCUUCUGUUGAAAGGGGUGGAUGGUGCUACUUCUAGCCUUCUCUCUGCUCAUCCCAUGAUAGGCUUUAGGGUGAACGCGUUUAGACAUCAGCUGGCUAUAGAUUAUAACCCAUCUGUGGCGAGUGUGGUGCAGCUCGUCCGCCUUAUACAAGCUGAAUGCGAAGCUGGGUCGAUUACUUCGGAUGCUGUAAGCGACAAGCGGGCUAAAACAGCAGCGUUAACCACCCCAGGUCCUACUGGUAACCCGCCUUCGGCUAAGUCGGUUCCCGCUCCCCCUCCGCCUCCGGGUGCAUCGGUUGCGGCCGGAUCUCCUAAAGCUGGGUCACCUAGUGGGAAGGGUGGUAGAGCUAAGGCGAAGGCUAAGUCUGGGGUGCAAGCUAAAGGCAUCGCUGAAGAAGCGGGGGUGAGAGCCGAAGCUUCUGUGGCUAGUGCAUCUGCUGGUAGCGCGAGUUCGGGAGCUCAGGCGAAUCCGGAGUCGCUUGUAGCAGAGGCUACUAGACUCCUAAAGGGGGUUUCCCUUAAGGUGCUUAGGGUUGAUGAUGAGGUUGAUUUGGCCUGGGUUCGUAGUGCCCUAACCAAUGCCUCGAAUCCAGACUUCUGCCUUGUGGACUCCGGAGCGACUAAUGCGCUGCGCCCGGCUAGUGAUCAGGAAAUCGGUACCUGUCGCACCAUCCAUGUUGAUCUGGCGAGUGGAGGAACAGAGCUGUUGAUUAACGAGAGCGGUACUUUGUUGCACUCGGGGCCAUGCCAGGUUAUCUUGCCUGCUAGUUACUUGAUUCAGCUUGGUUUCUCCAUUGUCUGGAAGCGGCGAGGUUGCCGGAUCAAACAUCCCAAGAAGGGGUGUCUGGAUGUGACGGUUGUAAAGGGCUGCCCAUUGAUUCCUAGGGAGGUUGGUUUGGCCUUACUGAGCGAGUAUGAGGGUCGCCGGGUCGGGGCUCCAUUGAUCAGCAAGGUUGAGGUUAUGGAUUUGCAGACCGUCUUGACUCCGGAGCAGUCGCGAGUGUGGCUGCGAGAUCGUUUGGUUCAGCGCGGGGAAGGUCUGACGGAUGUUGAUCAGUUGGUCUUUCUUCGUGGGAUGUUUCCGGGGGUUCCUAUGGAAGUGUUGGCUAGGGCAUGUGUACCGGCAUUGGAUAGUGGCUUUGUAGACUGGGGUGAGUCGCCUUGGAAUAGGCGUUUUAGGCGGUCGGUUGGCAGGGCUGCAUCGGGAUCUGUGCUGAUUUCAGUGUCCUCUGGCCAAAGCUCGUGGAAGGGGCUCGGGAAGGUUGUAGCGGUAUCGGAUUCCGAGAAGGGUCUAGGGUCCAGGUUGGUCUUUCAGCUAUUGUUGAACUGGGCUGAGAAAGGGAAGGUUGGCGGUUUGAUUCAGGGGGAUGGAGUGUUUGAGACUGGGGCGAAGGCCGGUGAGUUCUCUUGGGACUCGCAAGUCCAUGCUAGCAGUGACUGGCGCACUCUUUGCGAAGGCUCGGUUAAGAUUCUUCGGUGGUUCUUAUUGUUUUCGGUUGCUCAGGCUAGCAAGGAUGCGGGGUCUGAGUGCUUGCCGAACAGUGGGAAGAAAGAGUCUGCCCAGUCACCAAGUCCACCUGCAUCAGCCGUUGCUUCCCGGGACCGGCGUACUUCUUCGGGGUCAGAUCGGGACCACAGUAUGGUGUUCAUGGUAUGUGGGUUUCCAGGGGAUCCUAGGGUUCCGGUGAAAAGGGAUGAACGAAGGAGGACGUGGGAUCCGGCGUCUGUGCUUUCGUUCGCGCAAGUGUACGAGUUGAAUCGAGCUGAGUUUGAUCAAAGCUGUUUCGGGGCAUUGUGUAUAAGGGAAUGUGAACUCCUGACGUCCUCCUGGUUCCUUUAUGAAGCGGUUCAUGAAGUAAGAAUGAGUUGGGAGGCGAAGGCGGCUUGGGAGCUCGUUCGGCCGGAAGGGAUCUUACAGAGUAGGGUUCAGAGGCAAGAGGGAUGGGCUACCGGCCUUUUGAGGGUUAUUCAGGGGUCUUGGUGUCGUUGGUGUGCCCUGGGAUGUCAAGCUGCGGAGGCUACAGAGCGUAAGCUUCUACUAGCGAAGAUGACCGCAGAGGAAUCUUAUGCUAAACAUGUUGCUAAUGAUCAUGUGCCUUUCCUUAAGGGGUGUCCCGAGUGCAUUCGUGCACAGGGUAGACAAAGGUCACACUGGCGUAGUGCUUUUACAGGCGUCCAUGCAGCUAGCUUUGACAUAGCUGGGCCGUUCGUUCCUGGACAGGCAUUUAACCCUGAGGUCUCCGGUAGGGAUAAAGGAAAAGGUUAUCGGUAUUUCCUCGCGUGUGCAUAUACCAUACCGGAUUCGUACUGCCCAGAAGGGCUGGAAGUUAAAGGGGAUGCGGAGCGCGUUGCUCCGGCUGAGGAUGAUGCGAGUCAUUCUGCGGGUGCUACGGGUAUAGGGGAAUUUGAGGAUCUGUUUCCUGAACUCUGGGACCUCCCGGAGGUAGGGACGACUUCCGUUGAAGGCGUCAAAGCUGUGCGUUUUCGUGUUAAAGAAAAGCGUCCUGAAGACGAGGAUCCUCUUGUUGAGGAGCCGGCGGAUUCCUCUUCUCCUGUGGUUGCCGAGCCUAAAUUUAAGACCCGAACCCUUUUCCUUGGAACGCCUUUGAGGACCAAGAGGGGUAAAGAGGUUUUGUCUCAAGUCCAGUGCCUGAUCAAUAGGCUGGAAGCCCAUGGAUACCCGGUGAACCGUUAUCAUUCUGAUAGAGCUAAAGAGCUUCGGGCAUCGGGCUUCGAUAAAGGCAUACAUGCUACAUGGACCCCAGGUGAUAGUCCUGCUGGCAACAAGGCAGAGUUGGGCGUUCAGAAUCUAAAGGGUUUAGUCCGAAAGCUGCUUGGAAUUGCGAAGUUAGAGGUCGGUUAUUGGCCGUUAGCCCUCAGUCACGCCACGGAGCGAAAUUGGGUGAUGUUCGGUGAAUCGCUGGGGAAGCCUCAGGUACCAUUGCUUCCGUUUGGGGUUAAGGUUGAGGCGAGAAAGCGUUUUAAGACUGGGUUUGAGGCUCAGUGGCAAUCGCGUUCUGUUCCUGGUUUGUACCUUGGCAUUGCCCCGAAUACGCCGGGGGGGCACUUAGUUCUCAUUGAGGAUGGGGACUCACGGAAGGUGUUGUUGACCAACACUGUGUAUCCUGUUCGGGGUGAAGAUACAGGGGUGCCUCGUCGGCCAAAGUUUCGGCUAGUUGGCAAGCGCUCCCAUUUUGCAAUCAAGGUUGUAGCUGCGGCCAGGCCAUUUGCUGUUUCGGAAAAAACCCCGUUUGCCCACGCGAAAGUGCGUGGGGGGGGGCCUUCUUCGGUGCGGUUUUUUGAGGACCAAAGCCUUGAUAACGGUUGCGAGGCUUCUGGGUAUGACGAUUGUUCGUCGGAGCUUAGUGACGCGUCCGAGGGUGAGGAGCCAAAAUCGUGGACCGAAGAGGGUCUUCUAGGUGUCUGGGGCAGUAAAGAGGAAAUCGAAGGAGAUACGGGAGAAGUUCCGGGAGUCUAUGAGAUUCAGGUCCUUGAUUGUGAUCCUUUGGAAGCAGGUGGGGACUUCGGAAAGUUUACCACUGAGGAAUGUCUGGAGGUUUUACAAAGGGGUUUUGGAGUUUUGAAGCAGGAACUGGAUUAG